ACAGAGAGCUGCGCCACGGUGAGACACGGCACGGCACGGCAAGGUAGCUCAGAGGACGGGACCGGGUGAAUGCAGUCCUUAACACAGGACACUGCCGCAGACACUUCUCCACCAUUUUCGGAGAUAAGAGGAGGCUCCGAGUAAUCUUCACCCACAGGAAGGGAAGAGGAAUUUGGCUCAGCACAACAUUUUUUCCCGUAAUUCGCGUGAAGAAAAUCUUAACGGGGCAGGGGACACGUUAGACCGCGUCAAUAGCUAACGAUAGCCACCCGAGUGUGAAUGCAGCGCUCAGUUGGUAAACUCCUUAUUCAUUUCAAAGUAUUGACAGUUUUAAAGAGCCAAAGGGUACCAUACGGCAGUAUUUUUGUAAAGCUGUGUGGGAAGUAUCCGUCUGUCCGCCAUGGAGAACGCUCACACGAAGAGUGUGGAAGAAGUUUACAGUUAUUUCUGCGUCAAUGAAAGCACAGGACUUUCCCUGGACGAGGUGAAGCGACAGAAGGAGAAAUGGGGCCUAAACGAGUUACCAGCGGAGGAAGGGAAAUCUUUGUGGGAGCUUGUCCUUGAACAAUUUGAAGAUUUACUUGUUCGAAUUCUUCUGCUUGCCGCAUGUAUAUCCUUUGUCCUGGCCUGGUUUGAGGAGGGAGAGGAAACUAUUACAGCCUUUGUGGAACCUUUUGUAAUUUUACUCAUUCUUAUAGCCAAUGCCAUCGUCGGAGUGUGGCAGGAACGCAAUGCUGAGGAUGCCAUAGAGGCCCUGAAGGAAUAUGAGCCUGAGAUGGGGAAAGUGUACCGGCAGGACAGGAAAACUGUGCAAAGGAUCAAGGCCAGAGACAUUGUGCCUGGUGACAUCGUGGAGGUUGCUGUUGGCGACAAGGUGCCUGCUGACAUCCGUAUCUGUUCAAUCAAAUCAACAACUCUGAGGGUAGACCAGUCCAUUCUGACCGGUGAAUCUGUCUCUGUCAUCAAACACACCGACCCCGUGCCAGACCCCCGUGCUGUCAAUCAGGACAAGAAGAACAUGCUCUUCUCUGGCACUAACAUUGCAGCUGGGAAGGCCGUGGGCGUGGUUGUGGCCUCUGGUGUUAACACGGAGAUCGGUAAAAUCCGUGACGAAAUGGCAGCCACCGAGCAGGAGAAGACGCCCCUGCAGCAAAAGCUGGAUGAGUUUGGUGAGCAGCUGUCCAAGGUCAUCUCCCUCAUCUGCAUCGCCGUGUGGAUCAUCAACAUUGGCCACUUUAACGACCCCGUCCACGGAGGCUCCUGGAUCCGUGGGGCCGUCUACUACUUCAAGAUCGCCGUGGCGUUGGCUGUGGCCGCCAUCCCUGAGGGUCUUCCUGCUGUCAUCACCACCUGCCUGGCCCUGGGCACUCGCCGCAUGGCCAAGAAGAACGCCAUCGUCCGCAGCCUGCCAUCCGUGGAGACCCUGGGCUGUACCUCUGUCAUCUGCUCUGACAAGACGGGAACGCUGACCACCAACCAGAUGUCUGUCUGCAGAAUGUUUGUUGUCAACAAAGCUGACGGUGACAGCUGUGCUCUUUCAGAGUUCACCAUCACAGGUUCUACCUACGCACCUGAAGGAGAAGUGUCCCAGGAUGGUAAACUAGUGAAAACCUCCCAGUAUGAUGCCCUUGUUGAACUGGCAACCAUCUGUGCCCUGUGUAAUGACUCCUCUCUGGACUUCAACGAGGUGAAGGGUGUGUAUGAGAAGGUCGGUGAGGCUACAGAGACCGCACUAACCUGUUUGGUGGAGAAGAUGAAUGUUUUUGACACUGAAGUCCACAGCCUGUCUAAGAUUGACAGAGCUAACGCCUGCAACUCAGUGAUCAAGCAGCUGAUGAAGAAGGAGUUCACCCUGGAGUUCUCCAGAGACAGGAAGUCCAUGUCUGUCUACUGCACCCCCAACAAGUCUCGUUCUUCUAUUGGCAAGAUGUUUGUCAAGGGAGCCCCGGAGGGAGUUAUCGAGAGGUGCACUCAUGUUAGAGUUGGCAACAGCAAAGUUCCCUUAAGCAAAAGUAUCAAGGAAAAAAUCAUGUCUGUGAUCCGUGAGUACGGGACAGGUCGUGACACCCUUAGGUGCCUGGCUCUGGCCACACGAGACAGCCCACCAAAAAUGGAGGACAUGAUACUUUCCGACACUGCCAAAUUUGCGGAGUACGAGUCCGACCUGACCUUCGUCGGCUGUGUCGGCAUGCUGGACCCUCCUAGACAGGAGGUGGCUGCCUCCAUCAUGCUGUGCCGACAAGCCGGCAUCCGCGUCAUCAUGAUCACAGGAGACAACAAGGGCACAGCUGUGGCUAUCUGCCGCCGCAUCGGCAUCCUGACCGAGGAGGAUGAUGUCGAGCGAAUGGCCUUCACAGGAAGAGAGUUUGACGAACUGUCGCCCUACGACCAGCGUGAGGCUGUGACUCACGCCCGCUGUUUCGCCCGUGUCGAGCCUUCCCACAAGUCCAAGAUCGUUGAGUUCCUGCAAGGGUUUGACGAGAUCACUGCUAUGACAGGUGACGGAGUAAAUGAUGCCCCUGCCUUGAAGAAGGCAGAGAUUGGCAUCGCCAUGGGCUCUGGCACUGCCGUGGCCAAGUCAGCCUCUGAGAUGGUCCUCGCCGAUGACAACUUUUCUUCAAUCGUGGCCGCCGUUGAAGAAGGCAGAGCUAUUUACAAUAACAUGAAGCAGUUCAUCAGAUACCUUAUCUCCUCCAACGUGGGGGAGGUUGUCUGCAUCUUCCUUACUGCGGCGCUGGGCUUCCCUGAAGCUCUGAUCCCAGUCCAGCUGCUGUGGGUCAACCUGGUGACUGAUGGCCUGCCUGCCACCGCCCUGGGCUUCAACCCCCCAGACUUGGACAUCAUGGAGAAGCCUCCUCGUAAUGCUAAGGAGCCCCUCAUCUCUGGCUGGCUCUUCUUCAGAUACCUGGCCAUUGGAUGCUAUGUGGGUGCAGCCACAGUGGGAGCUGCAGCCUGGUGGUUUACUAUUUCUGAAGAUGGACCUCAGAUCACUCUGUACCAGCUGAGCCACUUCCUCCAGUGUGCCCCAGACAACCCGGAGUUUGACGGCCUGGACUGCCACGUGUUUGAGUCGCCCUACCCAAUGACCAUGGCCCUGUCUGUGCUCGUCACCAUAGAGAUGUGCAACGCUCUCAACAGUCUGUCGGAGAACCAGUCCCUCCUGCGGAUGCCUCCCUGGGAGAACAUUUGGCUCUUGGGGGCCAUCUGCCUCUCCAUGUCCCUCCACUUCCUCAUCCUCUAUGUGGAACCUCUGCCUGUCAUCUUCCAGAUCACCCCUCUGGAUACGACCCAGUGGAUGAUGGUGCUGAAGAUCUCCCUGCCAGUCAUCCUGCUGGACGAGCUGCUAAAGUUUCUAGCCAGGAACUACUUGGACUUUGGUAAACAGCUGGAGAAGCCAGCCAGCAAAGGCUGCUCUCUGUCUGCAUGUGCCGAGGGCAUCUCCUGGCCCUUCGUGGCCAUCUCUCUGCCCCUGGUGCUGUGGAUCUAUAGCACCGACACUAACGUGUCCGCCAUGCUGUGGCCCUGACUGACUCCAGUACACUCCCCUCCCCGUGCACCAGUGUGAAGUGGACAUUAACGCACACAUCUAACACAGUUACAUUAACUCAGAACAACCUUCAGUCAACACUUGCACCUGCUCUGACAGUCUGUCGGCUGUCAGAUCUUUUGUAUUUAGGACAUUCUCACUGAUACAUAUUUUUGGGCGGGGGGGGGGGCUGGGGUUUAGUCAUAUUUUAAUGACUUUGACCAACAUCAUGUCCAUGUGUUUUAUUUUACCAUCAUGCUUUUGUCUCUUUAGACCCCCUGUUUUGAACAGUUAGAGAUGCCCACCGUGUCGGAGCUGUGUGUUGAGCUGUACAGAGAAUUUACACUAUUUUAUGAUAAUUAAUAUUUUGUAAUUUUUUGGAGGGGCUGUGGGGACAAGAAUGCUGGGUGUGAAGAGAAUGUAAUUCUAAGGAUCAUAUAAUUAAUACUAGUUUGGAGGCAAAAACCUUGAAUAGAUUUGCCCUGGCAUGAAUCUCUAUAGUCAUUUUUGAGCUCCAUGCAUCAUCAUUCAUUAUUUUCUGCAUUAGGCAGAGCACAGCUACCUCAAUGCUGUUAAUAUGAUCAUUACUUCCCAUUUGUCUUAACAAUCAUUUCAUAGAUAAUCAUUUGAAGUGUUGAGGUAAGCACCAAUUUGUUUUGCAGUAGAGACAAAGCCCUCACACACACAUUUAAAUAUAUAUAUAUAUAUAUAUAUAUAUAUAUAUAUAUAUAUAUAUAUAUAUAUAUAAAUUAUAUUUUCUCUGUUAUUGUAGGGAAGUAAGGACAAAGAUAUGUUACCAGUUUGAUUCAGAGCAAUUUUUGAUAAACGCCUGUCAAAUUUGUUUACUUGAAGAACACAUCUGUCUUUUUUUUUUGUUGUUUUGAGAUUCACUCUCAACUUUCAAACUUAAUUUUGCAUCUUAAUAACAGUAAUCUUUAUAUUAUGUAUAAUGUGCACAUACUGUACUUGAAUAUGUAAAAAGGCACCAAGAAGCUGUUAGUCUUAUCAACUGAGCACAACGUGGACCACUGGUCAUUGGAAGAGUCUGUAUAUCUGUACAUAGCACACUAAGUAGAAUCUCUGUAUAGAUUUGGUUUGUUGUCCAUACAUUGACACUAGUGUGUGUGGUCUUAGCCUUUCUGCAUGCCUGCUCCAAUAAUACCAGGCCAGUGAGUGCUUUGAGUUUUAGUUUUAAAGCUAAUUGUCGUUUCUUCCAAUGCCUUCCACCUGUUUACCUGCAGAGUGAGUACACCUUGACCUGCAUGCCAACUAGCUCAUCUUUAUGUGGUUGCACACGCAGCUUUGCUGUCUGUCAAUGCUCAUGUGAACCUGACAGCAAUGACGGCUCCUCAUAUUUGAUAGGACUAGCAGUUUUUUAUAUACUUCUAAUGGUACAAGAAGAGAAAAAUGUAGGUGUCGGAGAGUUUAUUUGAAAAUGCCUUCAAUGUCACCAAGUGCCAGGUACACACUGAGUAGAAAUAGGAUCCUUUUGCAUUUUAAACUGGCACGGUGUCACUGGUGCCAGUUAUUUUUGACUGUAGACUGGCAGCAUGUUUUGGCAACUUGCAGAGACACUGACAUUUAAGUGCCCCACACCAUUACAGGACAUGGUGGUGUUAUUUUUAUUUAUACUUGCCUUUUUUUUUAUGUGUUUGUCUUUUGACCUAAUCUUCUGCUUGUCCGUAGCAUGGCCUUAAUAUUCGCUCUUUUUAUUAAAAUAAUUACUGAUCAUUUUGAAUGAUUGGCUGCUCAGAUGCUUCUCCUUUGGCCUGUGAUUCUUGUGUCCACUGAUUUGAUUCUUCCUCUCUCUCCUUUUUCUUUGCAGCAAAGGCCAAGUAAGCCCACCUCUACUCUAAAUUCCUUGCAGAAACUUUGGUUUUGUUUUGUGUUGUGCAUGUGUGUUUUGGGCAGCACAUCUUACAAGAGCUGCACGUCAGUUAAAUAAUCUGAAGACAGAGUCUCAUAGAGUUCAUACAUCAUUUUUAUAGAAUGGCCAUAAAUAAAUGUCUGAUGAAAACUAGCCAAUCCCACCUCAUCAGUCCUUCCAUUCUCCUGCAUGAAGAGCCUUAGAGUACGAUUCAAUCCUCAUGCCAUGUUUUUAGACAAAGCUCUUAGUACCGUGUACAGUAAAUUGUACAAUAUUCCAUGGUGCAUGUCCGCUGAAUCAGCCAUCUGUUUUACCAGACUUGUGUAAUAGACAAUGUAUAGUAUUGGUACAUAGAAUAGACAUUCGUCAGAUAGUACAAAUGUUAAAUAAGCUCAAAAAACAGUUCAUCUUUCCUAAGGAAAUACUUUUAUGGAAUAUUUAAAAACUAAACCGCCUUUUUUGCUUUGCACUGAGAUGUGCAACAUGUUUGGAGCAGAUUUUGCCAUAUCUAGGAAGGCGGACGUGCAGCGGUGCAGCGAUGCAUCUGUUUACCAUGAGAACGGCAGGCAGUCCCUCCACUGGCAUUUUUUGCCAAACUGCUGUACUGUAUUUUCAGAGAUGAUUGUACAAUGUAUCACAUGAACUUUGGUUUCAGGUAAAUAAAACUGUCAUACAUGAAGAGUUUA